GAGCUAGACAUGUCAGAUGAUUACGAUUUAGUUUAUACCUCCUCUCUCAAACUGAAGCAAGAGGGAGGCAAAGUGGGUAAGAAGAAGAAAAAGAAGAGCAAACCGGUUCAGCAAUUACCCCCAUCUGUCACCACAAAACCUACAACCUGCUCAUCUUCUUCCGAUCCAGUCGCAGCAUCCAAGUCCGACAAGACGAAGGCUGAGCUAGCUUACGAAGAAGAGAUGGAGAAACGGAAGAUGCAAACUAUGUUGAAACGAGCAGAAAAGACAUACAAGCAAAGAAUCAUGGAGUUCAAUGAAACAUUAAACAACAUGACUGAGUUCUACGACAUUCAGAAAGUCAGCUGGACGAAAUAAUAGCAGAUAAUUCUCGAAGAUGCAAUACUGAAGCGCAAAAGAUUUCCUUGUCGUAACAUGACUGUGAUUUCAUUUAAAAUAUCUGUAGUUUCGUUAAUAUAAAAUAGUUGUAUAAAAUAAAAUUUGCUUGUUUUAAA